UUCAAGAUCUCUGCGGGGAGCUUCCCUUCUUACAUUGCGGGGUUUUUUUCGCGGACCUGCACAACACCAUAGUACCUGCCUCACGGAUAACUAAAACCGCCAAGGUAGGAACUAAUGGUCUUAACCUCAGUACAGUGCCCGUGGUUAAACGGGCAGGCACAGGGUAAAUUACCAGUAGGACCGAUGAGUAGCACCGAUAGUAGGGAAGUUACUAUCUUAGGUGUUACCGUCGUGAACUGCGUGAAUCAUACGUUAAUACCUUUUUAGUGCAUAAUACCUAAAUUUUACAUAUUAUGUAUCCACUUAGAUGCCAACGUUGGCCAUUCAAUUUAGACAUCAUCACUGUUUUUGCGAAAAGCUACCUAUUCACCACCUACCCGGACUCCCGAAAAAAUGACUUGGAUUUCCAAAUUAGUAACGGCUUUCGGGCUAUUACUUCUAGCAGACUCGUGUUACUCUGCUUACGAACACUCUGUUCUACAAACGCAUCGAGCCGCAUCGCUCUCUUCCUUGACCACAUCACACAGUGGCGCAACUACGACAUUACCGAUCGAUAUCACCAUCGAAACUAUCGUCGCGACGUUUAUUGUCUGUCUGGGCAUGGUAUUGGGGACGUCUAACUUGCGACCAAUCCAAUGGCGUGUUUGGGCAGGGAAGAUUGAGCGAGAGGGCGAGACAGGGUUUCUAAACAGCAGUGGAGAGGUAGAGAAAGACUACGUUGGGAACCCAUUCCGGUUAUUAGAGAGUCGUCCAGGAUUUGUCGAUAUUCGGAAACAGAGGAGCGAGUUCGCUGAAUGGGCUAAAAACAAAUAGACUCGAAUUCGAGCAAUGUGUAUAGAAGGCACCCGAAAACGCCGGUACCAGGUCAAGCUUGCUAUUCUCAUGAAUUUAUAGAGUAACAAAUGGGAGACAUGCUCGAAGUUACUAGGGUACUACGCUAUGUUUCGCCGCACAUAUGGAGCAAGACGAAAUAGAAUUAUGCCACACGUACUGCCGGCACCGGCCCUAGUGGAUUGAUUGGUUUAUUGAAGGAACGAACCGAAGUCGAGUGGGAACGCCGUUGCCUCUAUUGUAGG